CGUAAUAAAUGUCAGGAAGAUAGUCAAAUCUGUUUUUUUUUUUUUUUGUUAAUUUCAUGAGAAGACCUACUUGGCAAGUGUUCACCUAAAUGUGAGAGCAUAAAAGGUUAAGCUCAUGGUACUGCACAGUCAGACAGCAACAGGAGUGAAGAACACUACACAUCAAGGAGAAAUCACUGCUAAAUAAACUCUACUAAUCCUUUCCAUUCGAAGCAGAAAUGAAUUCUGCAAUCCAGUGCAUCGUUCUUCUGGCCUGCAUCGCCAUCUGUACCUCAGCUAGUAUUAAGAACUGCCAGUGUGUCAAGACAACGCAAGCGGUAGAUCCCGCUCUCAUCACUGAUGUCAGAGUGCAUGAACCUCGUCCAUACUGCAGCAAACAGGAAGUGAUCAUCAUCCUGAAAGAUAAAAGCAAGGUCUGUCUGAACCCUGAGUCAGACUUCACCAAAGUAGUCCUGAACAUAAUGAAAAGGCUGAAGACCAUUGCUGACAAGAAGAAAAUAGUCAACCUAUAAACAACGACAGCAGCAACAGCAUCAUUGCAACAUGCAUUAUGUGGAUCAAAGCCAGAGUUGCUGUUCGUGUGGUUUUGAUCUGCUCAACAAAGGACUGAAACAGUUUUUAUGAUAAACAAAGUUAGCUUAGAGAGCUGUCAUCAAGUCUUAGUACACUGUGACUUUCGAAUCAGUGAGUUCUCUGUGUGUGAUGUAAUUUUAUGUAACAUAAUUUAGUUACUCUUUUAAAUUGACGGAUGUAAUUUGCUAUUUAUGUACAUUUAUACUUUUGAUUAUCACAGCAUUUAUUUGUAUACUUUGAAGGAUUUCAACAUGUAUAUUAUAAUUUUUUAAUAGCAAUAUGAGUUGUAUUUUUGUUUUUAGUUAAAAUUUUAAUGUACACUACAGCUAGUGAUGUUGUAUGAUGCCAUUGAUGGAAAUAUUUUAUAUUAAACCACAAUUAUAACAAUUA